GUGCCACCCAUGGAGAACUACACAAUGGCUGGACGCACAUACCGCUACUAUGGGGACGAGGCUCCGCUGUACCCAUUUGGCUAUGGUCUCUCGUUUACCACCUUUCAGUACAGCGAUUUGAUACUAGGUGCUGAUGUUCUGCCCAUUUGCGAAAACCUAACUGUCUCGGUGGUGGUGAAGAACAUUGGCUCCAGAGAUGGCGAGGAGGUGGUGCAGCUCUACCUCCGUUGGGGAAAGGCAUCAGUACCAGUCCCCCGUUGGCAGCUGGUUGGCUUCCAGAGGGUCCUGGUGCCCCAGGGACAAGCCGUCAAGGUGCCCUUCCUGCUUUCCUUCAGCCAGAGAGCCGUAUGGGCUGGGGAAUGGCAGUUGGAGCCGGGCACUUUCACCCUUUUUGUCGGUGGGCAGCAGCCCUUCCAAGAAACCCGGGCCCCUUCCAACAUCCUUCAAGCUGAUUUCACAGUUUCGGGAAGCACACGCAAAAGAAGCCAAUGCUAAGCACUGUGACUUAUAGAAAACACAGUAAAAAACAAUGCGGGCGCUCGUGAAGUUAAGUGAAUGUAAUUACAUUAAGGCAGACCACAUUUGGAGUGAAGAGAAUCCAGUAUAUGAUACGAUGCUUCCCAAAGUGGGACUGACACGGCCAUGGAUUGGUAUACCUUUUACCAGCAUUGUUUGUGGAACAGUUUGCGAUGGAAUAUAGGCAAAGGGCUUCCGGGGAAAAUACAAUAUUGUUUUCUGAAACAAACCAAUGUGUUCAUUUUU